AUCAUGACAUAGUCUCUUCUCAGCCUUGUAUUUUUUUGUUUUCUUUUUCUUUUCAGUUAGGUCCCUUCUCAACCUCUCUUUCACAAUUAAUAUUCCAAAAUGUCUGGGACUCAUCAAGUAGUCCUUCAAUGGCUACCACUCUUUAUCUUCAUCGUCACCGUGCUUUUCAAUAGCAGCUGUCAUGGGGAUGUUGGCACCACCGCCCAGUACAGUCCACCAUAUUUACCGACGGCUUGUUAUGGAAAUGAUCCGUCGCAGUUUCCGUCGAGCAAUUUGUUUGGGGCAGCGGGAGAAGGAAUAUGGGACAAUGGAGCAUCAUGUGGGAGACAAUACUUGGUGAGGUGCAUAAGUGCAACCCAACCAAGAACAUGUUUUGCAGACCAGACCAUUCAGAUCAAGAUUGUUGAUUAUGCUCCUACUCAGCCCUCCUCUACCAGUACCACCACCAUGGUUCUAUCUCAGACCGCUUUUGGGACCAUUGCAAAUUCUUCAGCUCACUUCAUCAACAUUGAAUUUCAACAGGUAUGACUGAGAAGUUGGUGUUGUGGAAGAGAAGUUUGAUUUAUCUUGAUCAAAGUAUGAUGAUUCCCCGAAAUAAGGAAAAAAAUCAUGACAACAUGUUAUAUGCAUAUAUGUAACUAUAUAUAUAUAUAUAUAUAUAUAUAUUUGUUUCUAGAAUCCUAUGAAUAAAAUUGCAAAGGAUUUUGCCCAUUGAUUGGUUGCUGGAAAAUUCUUUUCUGCAUAUAUUAUGUAAGUGUGUACUAUUGAAAUGAAAUUAUGUAAAAUUGAGGAAA